GGGCUCUAGUCACUCACUCGCUGCUGCUCCAGCCCACAUGAGUUCCUACUUUGUCAGUCCCAUGUAUCCCAAAUACAAAGACGCCAUAAAUCCAGCUUUCUACGAGUGUCCCUAUGGGCAGGAGGUUGGCAGCAGCAGCAGCAGGGCCCCGUUGGUAUAUAGCAGCAGCAGCAGCGCCCCUCAGGACUACUACCACCACCACCCCGGGACCCUCCCGAGUCCAGGCUACCAGCCGGCACCCUGUGGGAUUACUUGCCACGGUGACCCCUCUAAGCUUUAUGGCUACGAUCAUUUCCAGAGGCAGCACAUUUUUACGACCCAUCAAGAGUCUGAGCCGGUCCAAUAUCCUGACUGUAAAUCGCCCUGUGCGAGUGUUGGAGCGGAUCCAGAGCACUUACAUCAGAACUCGCCUGCGUCUCACAUGUUCCCCUGGAUGAGAGCACAAGUUGCCCCCGGUAGAAGGAGGGGAAGACAAACCUACAGCCGCUUCCAGACCCUGGAACUGGAGAAAGAAUUCCUAUUUAACCCUUACCUGACCAGGAAGAGGAGAAUCGAGGUCUCUCACGCACUGGGACUCACCGAGAGACAGGUCAAAAUUUGGUUUCAAAACAGGAGGAUGAAGUGGAAAAAAGAGAACAGCAAAGACAAGUUCCCAGUCUCCUCUCAAGAAGGGAAAGAGGAGGCUGACAAGAAAGAGGGGAUUCACCUGGAGCAACAAGGCAGAGAGGGCACUAACUGAACUUAUUGGGGUUAAUAUUCCAAAUUGUGGUAUAUGGGAUGCACUGCACUCUGACUGCACCUCUCCUUCAUUCUGCACAAGUCACCGGGGUGUAUCACUACCUAAGAGACAGAAAGCAACGUCUGUGUGUAUAUGUAUCUGCACACGCGCAAAUGCACACUAGGAAAUAUGCCAAUGUGGUUUUCUGUCACAGGGGCAACAGAUUUCAGGCAAUAAAACUGCAAAAAUUAAUUUCCUAUCAAAUAAUUUUAUAUGUAGUUGUAAUAUACACGUUUUGUAAUCAAAAUCACGUGCACUCGAGGAUCAGGGGACCCUAUUUUUGUAUAUUUGUAUGUUAUAUUUACGCAAACGCAAAAUAUAUAUUUUAAAAUGAGAGGCGAUAGCUCUAAUGAUUUUUUUUGUUGCCUAAAAUGACCAAAUUCAAGUUUAUGUGUAUUUUAUUAUAAUCUAUAAUAUGUCUUUCGAUGCUGGAAUAGCAACUCGUUUUCAAACUAUAAUGUAUAUAUUUAUGUUCUAAUUUCAACUGGAAUAUUUUUUUAGUGAACAUGUUACAAUUGGGCUGAUUAAACUUCAGUAUCGCUGAGUAAACCACAUUUCUAGAGGAUCAGCUGAAUGAACUGUUAGAUCUUUAUGCACCAUAAACUAUUAUUUGAAAUAUAAUUGAAACUAUUAGGUAAAAAUGAAGAAAAACUGCAGUUUUUAAGCUUAACAAUUAAGUUAUUAAAAUGCACUAUGCUAUGUACGUAUGUAUGUGACUAUAGACAUUAUAUAUAUAAUAUAUAUAUAUAUAUAUAUAUAUAUAUAUAUAUAUAUAUAUAUAUAUAUAUAUAUAUAUAUAUAUAUAUAUAUAUUUACGCAUUUUGCAAUUAAACAAGCAGCAAUGAACAAUUUAAUAGAUGGAGUUAAUCAAUCUAAAUAUUUUACUUCCUGUCGUUAAUUUAUCUUGUUUCUCCCUAUGAUUCGAAUAAGAGAAUUGCUAUUAUUGUGAUGUGUAAUUAUUUCGAGCCCCUUUUUUUCUUUGUGAAAUUUCGGUUAUAAAUGAAAUGUGUCUUAUUCUAUUUGAAUCAGUUCUAAUUAACUUAAGAAUGAAAUGUAUUUUAUUAGUACACAUCGAUUUUAAAAAAAAAAUACAAACUGCUGCCUUUGGAGCCUUUGUUGAAAUAAACGAUUAAACCAA